AUGGCCCUGGGCGGCCUCGCGCCGGAGCUGCGCCCCUGCAGCAUCAAGGUCAUCGGCGUCGGCGGCGGCGGCUCCAACGCCGUGAACCGCAUGGUCGAGUCGAGCAUCCGGGGCGUCGAGUUCUGGGUCGUGAACACGGACGCCCAGGCGCUGGCGGGCACGCGGCGCGGCACGUCGGGCCUGCACAUCGGCAAGGUGCUCACGCGCGGGUUGGGCGCGGGCGGCGAGCCGAGCGUCGGGCGCGCGGCCGCGGACGAGUCGCGCGACGACAUCGAGGCCAUGGUGGCGGGCGCGGACCUCGUCUUCAUCACGGCGGGCAUGGGCGGCGGCACGGGCAGCGGGGCCGCGGCGGUCGUCGCGAACGCGGCGCGGGGCCGCGGCGCGCUCACCGUCGGCGUCGUCACGAAGCCCUUCGGCUUCGAGGGCCGCAAGCGGUCGCGCCAGGCCAUCGAGGCCAUCGAGCGGCUCGAGGGCGAGGUGGACACGCUCAUCGUCGUGUCCAACGACAAGCUGCUGAGCAUCGUGCCCGCGAACGCGCCGCUCGCGGACGCGUUCCUCGUCGCGGACGACGUGCUCCGCCAGGGCAUCGUGGGCAUCUCCGAGAUCAUCGUGAAGCCGGGCCUCAUCAACGUCGACUUCGCCGACGUGCGCGCCGUCAUGAAGGACGCGGGCGCGGCGCUCAUCGGCAUCGGCACGGGCCGGGGGCCGACGCGCGCCGAGGACGCGGCCGUCGCGGCCAUCUCGAGCCCGCUCCUCGAGGUGCCCGUGCUCAACGCCAAGGGCAUCGUCUUCAACAUCAUCGGCGGGCCGACGAUGACCCUCGCGGAGGUGGACCGCGCGGCGCAGAUCAUCUACGAGAACGUCGACGCCGACGCGAACAUCAUCUUCGGCGCGCUCGUCCAGGACGGCAUGGAGGACGAGCUGAGCAUCACGGUGCUCGCGACGGGCAUCGCGUCGACCUUCGUCCAGCGCGUCGUCAAGGCGCCCGUCGACAUCAAGCCGCUCCUGCCCAAGGCGCCGCCGCCGGCCCCCGGCGGCGGCGAGCCGCCCGGGCGGAGGGGGAUGCCGGGCUUCCUCCGCCGAAAGUAG